AUGAGUGAGCUCUGCAAGCCUGAGGAAGACCAUCAGGAACCAAUGGAGAACCAGCACCUGGUAGAGGCAGAACUGUUCUGGGUUAUGCAGGAGGAGGAGGAGGCUGGCUUCUUUUCUCCUCUCCACUGGAGCCAAUCUGAAGAUGAGGGCUCCAGCAGCCAACAUGAGGAAGGGCCAAGAACUCAGGGGGUCCUGGAAGAUGAUGCCCAUUCCUUGCUCAGAAAAGCUCUGCGUUUGAAGAUGACAGAAAUGGUGGAGUUCCUGCUCCUGAAGUAUUGCGCCAGGGAGCCAACCACAAAGGCAGAAAUGCUGAGUAGCAUCAUCAAAGGGUACCAGGACCACUUCCCUAAGAUCUUCAGCGCAGCCUCUGAGUGCAUGCAAGUCCUCCUUAGCAUUGAUGUGAACGAAGUAGACCCCAGUGACCACACCUAUGUCCUGGUCACCACCCCACCUACAUCCUUGGGCCUCACCUAUGAUGGGAUAGUGAGCGAUGGGCACAGAUUUCCCAACACUGGCCCCCUGGUCACACUUCUGUGGGUGAUUGCUGCAAAGGGUGAUUGUGCCCUUGAAGAGAAAGUCUGGCGAGCACUGAAUGUCAUAGGGAUGCAUGACAGGAAGGAGGAUUGGUUCUACGGGGAGCCCAGGGAGCUCACCACUAAAGUUUGGGUGCAGGAACAGUACCUGGUGUAUGGGCAGGUGCCCAAUAGUGAUCUUGCAUUUUAUGAGUUCCUGUGGGGUCCCAGGGGCCACGCCGAGACCACCAUGUUGAAAGACCUCAAGUUUUUGCUUCAGGUUAAUGACAGGGAUCCCAGGUUCCUCCCAUCCUUGCCUGAAGGGCCUGAGUGCAAUGAGGACCACUAUGCCUGA